CCCGCCUUGGUAUAAUGCCAAUUUCUCUUUUGAGGAUUGCUUAAUUUAACCCUAUCCAUCAUUGUUAGGUAUACAAGAACGUGCUGUCAACUGGCAAUCCAUGAUGAAGGGCUUCAAAAGCUUCAAAAAGGCAAGGGCCGCUGUCAAGAGUACCCUGGCCAAAUUGCGUCUGGCCAAGAAGGCUGCGAACGAGAGCGAGCCCGGUCGAUCACUCAACGUUCACACUGAAACCUCCAGUCAAGCUUCACACAAGCUGCCUCCAGCUCAUGACCAGCAGCAUCAAUUCGAGUGUCCUGGUAUAAGUAGUGAUGCAGCGGAUGGAGCCCCUCCUUCGACAUCAAACUUGAAAUUAACGUCUGAAGCAGCGAACUUACCGACAACGGCUUCGACACAAGAGGAAACGCCGCCUCCUGAACCUAAGCAAGCGCCGCCUACAGAGCCUCUCAGCAACUCAGCCUUGGACUCCGCUAAUGAGCAGCCCCCUAUACCCCAGGGGCAGGACAAAAAGAAGCCAGCGAUUGUCGUAGGAAUACUUUGGAAAAAAGCAGCAGAUAAGCUAGACCCCAAGGAUCGAUAGGGGUUAGAUGCCAUACCAGCAAAGUCGGGCUCCAAGCUAUCUGUUACUGGUGACAGUCUAACCGCCGAAGAUGUGAGCAGUAUUGUUUCGAGGGCCAACAGGUUGAAGGAAGAAGACACGAAGUGGACACCGGUUAUCAAUAAUAUUGUCAGUGGAGCGU